UUGGCCCUUAUCAUGCACAUUCACAGCUGAAUCAAGCAUUGCAUGAGUCGGAUGUUUUGAAACAUUGCAUGUCCUACAGCAAAUAUCCAUCUAGAUUGGAAGGAAGAUUUGACUUCAACCACUUAUCAACAGCUUUAGUGAGUCAGAUUCACCAAGAAAAAUGCCACGAGAAAGAAAAAUACCCUCCCCAGAGCCGGACUUUGAUUUCUUUGCGCCGCACCCACACCCGACAAAAGUCAGGGUAAUAAAUUCAAUGUUUGGCAGUGUUCCCGAUGCUUUUGAUGGAAAAACUUUGGAACUAGGUAAAGAAUCGCCACGUCGUCAAAAGAAGACGACAGAGGAUGCCACGGCGACGGCAACGCCAGAGCCUGAGCCAGAAACAAAGACAGAACCAGAGCCAGUUCCGGUGGAAGAAGUGGUGAAACCCAGUGUAGCUAGUGAAGUAAAAGCCAUGGCGUGGGACACCAGUGACAAGAGUGCCCAGUCCAGGCUAUUUAUAAAAGGUGGACGUAUUGUCAACGAUGACCAGUCUUUUGAUGCAGACAUCUACAUAGAAGAUGGAAUUAUCAAGCAGAUUGGCAACAACCUUGUUAUUCCUGGAGGGGCCAGAACUAUUGAAGCAAAGGGCAAGCUUGUUAUACCAGGUGGCAUUGACACACAUACACACAUGCAGUUACCGUUUAUGGGUACACAUGCUGUGGAUGACUUUUACAGUGGAACAAAGGCAGCUUUGGCUGGUGGAACCACCAUGAUCAUUGAUUUUGUGUUGGACCAGAAGAAUGUUUCAUUAUUAGAGGCCUAUGAUAAAUGGAGGAACUGGGCCGACAGUAAAGUAUGUUGCGACUAUGCCUUACAUUCAUGUGUUACAUGGUGGAGUCCAGAAGUCGCCAAAGAAAUGGAUAUACUAUGUAAAGAAAAAGGUAUAAAUUCAUUUAAAAUGUUCCUGGCAUAUAAAGAUGUAUUUAUGUUAGAAGAUAAUGAACUAUAUGAAGUAUUUAAAAGAUGUCGAGAGUUAGGUGCCUUGGGUAUGGUGCAUGCUGAAAAUGGACAUUUAAUAGCAGAGAAAUCCUCAGAAAUGAUCCAGCAUGGAAUAACAGGUCCAGAAGCUCAUGAGAUGUGCCGUCCUGAGGAGGUUGAAGGUGAAGCUGCAUCGAGAGCAAUAGCUAUUGCAAAUCAGGCAAACUGUCCUUUGUAUAUCGUCAAGGUGAUGAGUAAAACUGCUGGGAAGGUCAUCAAUGAGGCUAGGAGAGAAGGUAAAGUUGUAUUUGGUGAACCAAUAGCUGCUAGUUUAGGAACAGAUGGAACACACUAUUGGAAUAAAUGUUGGAGACAUGCUGCUGGUCAUGUGAUGGGACCACCACUCCGGCCUGACCCUACUACACCAGGUUAUCUUAUGGAUUUGUUAGCAAAUAAUGAUUUACAAGUUACGGGAACAGAUAAUUGUACAUUUAAUGCUGAUCAGAAAGCUUUAGGAAAAGACGAUUUUAGAAAAAUACCGAAUGGAGUAAAUGGUGUAGAGGAUAGAAUGUCUGUCAUUUGGGAGAAGGGUGUGCAUACUGGUAAAAUGGAUCCAUGUAGAUUUGUAGCUGUAACUAGUACUAAUGCUGCUAAAAUAUUUAAUAUUUAUCCUCAAAAGGGGCGUAUAGCUGUAGGUUCAGACGCAGACAUUGUAAUUUGGAAUCCUAAUGCUUCAAGAACAAUCAGUGCUAAGACACAUCAUCAAGCUGUAGAUUUUAAUAUCUUUGAGGGAAUGACAUGUCAUGGUGUUGCCGAGUAUGUUAUGACAAACGGCCAUGUUGUUUUAGAUGAGGGACAGGUUAGAGUAACACAAGGAAUGGGAAGAUUUAUACCACUUCCAUGUAACUCUGAGACUGUGUUCAGUAGGAUUAGAGAGAGAGAAAGGACUAACAAGCCUUGUAAGGUGGACAGAGAACCCUAUGAUGGUCCAGUUGCUAAGAUAACAGCCACACAGAUGCAAGAAAAAUCAAUAGUAGCAGACAACCCAAUAGUACCAAACAAUGCUGAAUUUCACGGUAGACCGAUGACCAGCAGUGGAGCUCGUAAUUUACAAGAUUCUACCUUCUCUUUAAGUGGUCUCCAAAUUGAUGAGAAAUCGCCAAGGAGGUCAACAACCAGAUCAUUAAACCCUCCAGGAGGAAAAUCAUCAGGAUUGUGGUGAUCUCCCUUUAACAAGGGACAUAACUACAGCAUUUUCUUGACAUUUUUAUUUAUAACAUUUGAAGACUGCUUCAGUUUGCUGCAUUGUCAUUGUUAUCAUUGUGUAUCUCCAUAUUUAGUUGUCUGUUUAUCAUCGUGUAUCUCGUAGAUAAUCUGGUUUACAGCUGUUUUACAAGGAUGUGUGUAUCUCGUAGAUAAUACACCUGUUUUACAAGGAUGUGUGUAUCUUAGAUCUUACUUUACUAGGCCACAAUUGAUAUGCAGAUCAAGAUGUUAUGACUAUAUUAGAUUUUUAAAUAUACACAGGAAAGGAUUGCAUUUAAAAAGAGAUUUGUUUGUAAGUCACCAAAUUACCCAUAGGAGAUAGAUAUACCCGAACUCAUUGAGAAUACAGAAAUAACAAUACCCCCAAUCCAGACCCUCAGUUUUGUGUGCUUUUUGAAAAAAUAAUCUCUAAAACAAAUAUUAAAUUACAAGACAUUAAGUUUCAGUAUAGAAAUAUACAGCAACAAUCAUGUUGAGUAUGAAUGUAAUUUAUUUUAGAUAUGACCUUUUUCUUUUCCAAUUACAUUAUGAAGGAC